AUGGCUCUGUUCUCAGGUGAUGGGGUGCUUUGGCUCUGUCUAGGCGUAUCACUAUUCUUCGCCGUCCGAGGCAUCGCCACAGACCUACGCCAAGUUGUCGACCUGACCGAGAUCAAGCAUGUUGAGAAAGAAGACAAGAUCAUCAGCGAGGGCACUGAAGAAGCCCUCAAGCUUGAUACUCUUUUGAAGCUCUCUGAGAGCACCAGCCACGACCUCCGAGCUGCUGCCUUGCGGAUUAUUUCCGAACGAUCGACCAAGGGCGAAACACGCGAUCUGCUAUUGGAAGACUUAGCAUGCAAGGACAAAGCACGGCAAGGCCGCGCUCUGAAUGCAUUGCAUUUUCUGGUUUCUAACCGGGCGUUAUCUCGAACCUCCGUAUGCAACCGACUUCGAGACCUCUACACCUACACAGCUCUUAUCAACUGUCUCUGCAACUUUCUAGAGGAGCAUGUUGACCAAACAACUGCAACAAAUUCGCCUAUUCUGCCCAAGACAAGACCGCUCGGAGAAAGAAAAGCGCUCAGCAUUAUGAAUAUAUUGCUUCCGGAGAACGUACCUGGGGCGCUGGAAGCAGGGAUCAUUAGCCGGUGGCUCUGCAAGUAUCCGUUUCCAUGUGCCUUGGCUCAACCAUCUCGGCGACAGGACGUGGUGAUUCUUAUGAAAACAUGGUGGUCUGAUGAUGCGGUCAUGAGUUCGAUCUUCACCACGCUAUCCUCACACCCGGACGGGAUUAAACAGCUGCGGAAGCAUGGCCUGAUGGGCAGCAUGAUUGAAGAAAAUGACCACGACAAUGAUGACGCCGAUAGUGAUGUGUGGAUGGUAGAUGGAGAUGAUACAGCUGGCUCGUUCCGAAGGGUUUCCUCGCGAAGGCUUCAGGAGGGCAGCUUGGAAGAACAAGCACUUCGGCGCCGGCGAAGGGAAGCCAUGGUUUUGAGUGACGGUGGGCGGCCUCUCGGGAGUGACGAUAUCAUCCAGCGACCUAUUCAGGAUGAUUGA